CACAGUGACUCAGAGUGACAUGACUAUAAACGAUCGCUGUACUCGAUACAUCGAUCCUCUCGCAUCUCGUGCGCCUUUGUUUCCGCCACGGCCGACGUCCCGAUUCCCGGACAAUCGCCGUGACAAAAUUCGCGUGCAGGUGCACUCGCGAGAAAUCAGGAAACAUGGCUCCACCGGCGCGCUGAAUAAAUCACCGCGUCGUGAUUUCUCGGAAGGGAACUAGCGCACGAUCGGGGUCGACGUUCGCGAGUUCCGAUCGAGGUAUCGAGGUUCUCGGCAGUAACGAGAGCAACAUGUCCGCCGGUGCAGCGGUGGAGCAGGACGUCGUCAGUCACUCGGUCAGCCGCGUUCGCGAGUGGUGAGCGUCGGCUAGCUGGAUGCGCAGCGCGAUUCCGUGCUGCGAAGCGUGCGAGCGCGACGUACGUCGGCGUAACCUCGUCGCUGUGUAGAAAAAACCGGGAACAAGGGACGAAAGAGCCGCGGACAAAGACAUGGGUCUCUUCCAGGCCUCCUCGCCUUUCGACGCUGACGUCGAAAAGGCAACCAACGAGAACAAUGUGACGGAGGAAUGGGGGAAAAUAAUGGACAUCUGCGACAAAGUAGGCACCUCCAGUCAGAACGCUAAGGACUGCUUACGCUCCAUCGUUAAGAGACUGUACUGUCAAGAUCCUCAUGUCGUCAUGCAAGCGAUAACACUGUUAGAUGCUUGCGCCAGUAACUGCGGAAAGAUCUUUCACCUGGAGAUUGCGUCCAGAGACUUCGAGAGCGACUUGAGGAAGCUCAUUAACCACCCGCAGCCGAAAAUAGUGGAGAAGAUCAAAACGCUCCUGAAAAAGUGGGUGGAGGGCGACUUUAAGACGGAUCCGCAGUUGAAUCUGAUCCCAAGCCUGUACAACAAACUGAAGAGUGAAGGCCAUGACUUCUCCUCCGUCUCGGAUACGCCAAAACGUUCGACCGCUCUGAGCAGAGAUCCUAACGUAGUAACAAAUUCGCAAGAAGAAGCAGAUCUUGCGAGAGCUAUACAGCUUUCGUUGCAAGAAAACAAGGCGCACACUCAGAGCACUUCAUCGCAUAGUUCGCCAGCUUCGAAAAAGGGCUCGAGUUUAUACCCUAGCGUUAAUUCUGUGCUCGGGUCUACAAGCACUUCGGAAGGCAGAAAAGUACGCGCUCUGUAUGACUUUGAGGCUGCGGAGGAUAACGAAUUGACAUUUUUAGCAGGAGAAAUAAUUAAUAUCUUAGAUGAUUCCGACCCAAAUUGGUGGAAAGGCAGCAACCAAAGAGGCGAAGGUCUCUUCCCCUCCAAUUUCGUUACUGCUGAUUUGUCCGUUGAACCCGAAGAGUUUACGAAGUUGGAGCAUAGUAACAAGAAAUUAGUGCAGUUCGCGGAGGAAGUGGAGGUGAAGAUGGUGAAGCGCGAGCCGGAAGUGGUGGAGGUCGAGAUAGAUGAGAAGAAGAUGGACAGACUGUUGCAUCUGCUUCACGAGGCCGAUCCGCAAUGUGACACGUCCGAUCCCCAGGAGAUGCUCGAUCUAGAAGAACAAGUCACGGCGAUGGGUCCCCUGAUCGACGCGGCGUUGGAGAAGGUGGACAGGCGGCACGCGCAGCUCACUCAGCUAAGCUCCGAUCUGGUCGACGCCCUCAAUCUGUAUCACACGCUGAUGAGAGAGCCCGCGCCCCCGACACCGUCUGGUUACACUCUGCCCAAGAUGCAGCCGCACAUAAGCCCCUACCCGUUCCACAAUCCGGGACCACCGCCACACAUGUUUAACGGUAUGCCGCCCUCGCCGUUCCCCGCCGGGGCGGGUUCGGGUCCGGUGGGGCCGUACAACGCCAGCCUGCCGAGCAACGAGUACAUGGGCCCCGCCAGUAUGCCGAGCAUGACUCUACCGCAACAUUAUCACGUGCAAUCGGGUCCUCACCAGCAUCCGCCCGGACCGCAUCCGCAGGGACCGUCUCUGCCACCGGCUGAUCAAAGUAGCCUUCCCUAUCAACCACAGGGCAGAUAUCCACCUCAGAGCGGCCCUGCACCAGGGUCGUACGGUUCGCCUGGGUCUGUAGGACCGUCCGUAAACCAGCAACCGCAAUAUGCUCCACCGAACGGGCAACACAUGAUGUAAAGCAAAAACUGAAAAAGCUGUGCGUUACGAAUUCAUCUUGUACUCUAUAACUCAAGUUGUACAAUAUUACUAUAUUAUAAUUAUUUAAAUAAACAUACCCAAAGUAGUCAAAGAUGGGUUUUUAAUGAGAAUUUUACGUUUCGAAGCUGCGUAGGCACUACUGUGCGUUUAAGCAUGUUCAUGCGAUUAGAGAGAGAAAGAAAGAGAAAAGGAGAGGAGCGAAGCAGAAAGUGACUUACGUUGCCUACGACAUGUUGAUAUUAGAUUUCGUGAUUGUUAGAUAUUUAUUGCUCACAGACUGUUUUAAUUUAUACAUUCCCUCGGCCCGUUUAAUUUCCGCUAUCAUCACUUUACUUCAAUCUGACUCAUUUACUGUUCACUGUUAAAUAUAUUGUAUCUGUCAAAGCAUCAAGAAAUUUGUAAAUCCUCUAUGCAUUACUCGUAACAGUGUCUCUAUUAAUUGUAUUAUGAUUCUACACAUGAAGAAUUAAUUCCUCGUGCUGUGUCGUAAGCCUAAGUUGUAAGGGUCGUCGCUUACGUGUCAUAAAUUGUAAAUUUCGCAUUUGAAAAAAUAACACGUAAUCUCUGCAGUAUCGUAAAACAUACGUCAUACAUGCCGGAACCUGCGCGUAAAUGGCAAACUCGCGACGAAUGUUUUAUAGUUUUCUACUCUGCCGAUGAGCCUUGACAAAGUAAUCGCAAACCACAGACUCCAGGUCUGAUCAAUAGGGAGAAGCGGUAGCGUUAUUGGAGCGAUAUUGUAAUUAUUAAGCGCUGUUAAGGCGCCCGUAACCGUCGAACAAUGAUUGGAACAACGUUCGAAGUAACAAAAAGCGUUCAAUGUGGUCUAGUCUUCUGUCCAUUGUGUACAAUGAAACAUUCCUCAUCAAUCGCUGAAAACGCAACGAAACUGCUUGCAGGCUUAUCGAUUGUUCAUGCAUAAUAGGCAUAAUGUUUGUACAUUCAUGAUAAUUACUUAUGACGAACAUUCGUAACGAUAGGAAAGAAGAGAAAAUGUAAAACGUACACAAUGGCAAUGUGCAGGUAAAACUUACGCCUCGCGUGUUUAGAGGGGAGUGUAAUUUAAGGUGUAAUUUCUAGGGCAGAGUAUGAUCUUGUAACGAUCAUAUAUACGUUGCGUACACUGCGUGUGCAAUCGAGCGGAUAAAGGCGGAAAUGAAAUAUAGAGAUUAGAAGAGCGAGAAGAAUAAGACGAGAGAUAUUCCUACGGAUAGUAGGUGCAAUUUAUGCUGUGUAUGUUACGUUACCAUUAAACUGGCUUUAUUUACAUAAUCAAUUACCAUUUCAUUAUACUCCUUCUUUCUCGCGUUCUCAAGUUCUCAUACGAUUUUAUCUGGCAAAUAAGAAUUCUGCAGCAACCAGCGACUGUGUAUAUACCAUGUAAAUAUCGAAGAAAAUAUACUUCUCGAAAUGUGC